AUGGGAUCAAGAUGGAAAUCAAUAUCUACACCUUCAAAACAACCAAAGAUUAUCAAGAUUGAUAAAGUUGAUGAAAUAUUAGAAGCUAUUUCCUCUCUUAAAAAACCCAGCAACGUUACAAAGAUUGAUAUUAAAAAUUCAAUCAUUGAUAUUCUCGAACAAAAAGGAAACCAACAUAACCAAUUCCAAGUUGGUAUAAAAUCCUAUCUUUAUCUCCACCGUUACAUAGAGCAUGCCAGUUGGAUGAGUGGAAUAUUCAAAAACAUAACCUUUGCCCUACGAGAAUGGAUAUUUGACUAUGAAAGUCUAUAA